AUGCCAGACCCGAGUCAAGAUGUGACGGAUUGUGUUGUGUGUGGGGAUAAAUCAAGUGGAAAACAUUACGGACAAUUCAGUUGUGAGGGAUGCAAGAGUUUCUUUAAAAGAUCGAUUCGUCGUUCUCUCUCGUACACGUGUCGAGCUACAAAAAAUUGUGCGAUUGACGUUCAACACCGUAAUCAAUGUCAAUACUGUCGACUGACAAAAUGCAUUCGAAUGGGAAUGAGAAAAGAAGGGCGAAGAUCCAAUGAGACUCAGACCGCAGUUUCAGCAGUUCAACGAGGUCGUCUGCCGGUUCAAAUGCCCAAUUUCUUCCCGCCAAAUCCAUUUUUGAGAACACCAUUUCCAUUUCUACAAGUUCCAUUAACUCCGUUGAUGACUGCGGUUGCACAAUUCGCCAAGCCGUCUGUUAAAGAGUCAAUCUUCGAAUUUGCCGCUCAAACUAUUUUUACCACUGUUCACUGGGCCCGUACCAGCAUGAACAAUUUGCCAAAAUCUGACCAAUUGACACUUCUCCGUCACAGUUGGACGCCAAUCUUCGUUUUCGCUUUGGCUCAUUCAAAUUUCGGAAUCAAUCUGGCAACUCAUUUGACAUCCGGUGACAGUAGCAGUGGAUCUUCUUCAUCUCCAGGUUCGAAAUCGGAAGAUGAGAAGAGUGACGAGAAGAUCAUUGAAGUUGGAAGUAUGCUCGAUGAGCUCCCUUUUCUUGGAUUUCAGUCCAAACUUGACAAACUACGUGACUAUCAUCUGGACCCCGUUGAAAUUCAAUCUCUUCGUGCCGUUCUUCUUUUUAGUUGUGAUGAGGAGCCAUUGGAGGAGAAGAUCAAAAUUGAUGAAAUUGUGGAGAAGUUAACAUCAGCAAUAGACGAAUAUUGCAAAAUGAACAAGAGAAAUGAGAGAUACCCCCAGCUAUGCGAAUGUCUUGAGGUUCUAAAAUCCACGCGACACCUUCCGAUCUCUCGACUCUUCUUCUCACGUCUUCUUGGCACGACUCCACUCGAAUCGAUUCUCUGUGAUCUUCUCAAUUCUCCGCUCCCACCGCCGCCAACAUUACCACUUUUCCCCCAGUUUCCUCCUAGAACAUAA